GGGGGCGGGGCGGGGCGGGGCGGGCGCGCGCGCGCGAAGAUGGCCGCGCUGAGCGGGGACCCGCUGGGGCUGGAGCGGGACGUGGCGCGGGCGGUGGAGCUGCUGGAGCGGCUGCAGCGCAGUGGGGAGCUGCCCCCCCAAAAGCUGCAGGCGCUGCAGAGGGUCCUGCAGAGCAAGUUCUGCUCCGCCAUCCGCGAGGUCUACGAGCAGCUCUACGACACCCUGGACAUCGCCGGUAGCCCCGAGAUUCGGGCCCACGCCACGGCCAAGGUACCCCAAAACCCCCCCCCGGCACCCCAAAACGCCCCCCCGGCACCCCAAACCCCCCCCGGCCCACCCCAA